GGAUUGGUGAGCAGAAAUCCUAGCUUCUCCCAAAAACAGAAGCCCCAAAAAACCCUAAAUUUGUAUCUUUCGAAUCUGCAUUUCCUCCAUGGCGAAAAAGCGAAAGCAGCGAUCUUCUGAGCCCGAGCCCACCCAAACGACGCCGGAUCCUCAACCAAUCCAAGAAGAAGAGCAACAGCAACAACCGGAAUACGUAGCCGACGAAGAUCCGAACGCUAAAGUAGAAGAAGAACAGCAGCUACAAGAAGUUGAAGAGGAAGUAGAAGAAGAAGUAGAAGAGGAAGUUGAAGAAGAGGAAGAGGAGGAUGAGGAAGAAGAAGAGAACGAAGAAGACGAUGACGAAGAAGCUGAAAACCAAACCCUAGUCGGUUCCUCCAACGCCGCUGUUCAAAAUGGAGCACCCAAAGAAACGAGUCAAGAGGAGGAGUUGGACGACGAGCCGUUCGAGAAACUUCUAGAACCAUUUGGGAAAGAUCAAUUGAUUACCCUUAUUAAGAAAGCGGUCGAGAAGCACCCGGAAUUCAUGUCGUCGGUUCGGGAGUUCGCGGAUGCGGACCCAGCUCAUCGGAAGAUAUUCGUUCAUGGGCUCAGUUGGGAUACCACUGCUGAAACCCUCACCGCCGAGUUUAUUAAAUAUGGGGAAAUCGAAGAAUGUAAAGCGGUUACUGAUAGGGUUUCUGGGAAAUCCAAAGGUUACGCGUUUAUUCUAUUUAAGCAUCGGAGUGGGGCACGCCGGGCUUUGAAACAACCCCAGAAGAAGAUUGGGAAUAGAACCACUUCUUGCCAGUUGGCUUCGCAGGGACCAGUUCCAGCACCGCCUCCCUCUGCUCCACCGGUUUCUGAGUAUACUCAAAGGAAAAUUUUUGUUAGUAAUGUGUCAGCUGAAGUGGACCCGGAGAAGUUGCUUGAGUAUUUUAGACAGUACGGAGAAAUUGAGGAAGGUCCGCUGGGGCUUGAUAAGCAGACAGGGAAACCUAAAGGGUUUGCUCUUUUUGUAUACAGGUCGAUUGAGAGUUCCAGAAGGGCCUUAGAGGAGCCUCAUAAGAAUUUUGAAGGUCAUGUUUUGCAUUGCCAAAAGGCUAUAGAUGGGCCGAAGCCAAAUAAAGGUGGUUAUGGAGGAAGUGGUUCUGGUGGGCAUCAUCAGUACCAGCAGCAUCAGCAAGGACAACAUCAGAUGCAGCCUCAUUACCAUCAUGCUAAGAAGGGAAAGUAUUCGACUGGUGGAUCAGAUACUGGGCAUUUGAUGGCUCCAUCUGGGCCUGCUGCAGUGGGGUUCAACCCUGGAGUUGCUGCUGCUGGGUUUAACGCUGGGGUGGCUGCUGCUGCACCGGCUUUGAACCCGGCACUUGGACAGGCAUUGACUGCAUUGCUUGCUACUCAGGGAGCCGGUUUGGGGCUUGGUAAUCUGCUUGGCGGGCUUAGUGGGGCGCCUGUGAACCAGGGAGCACCUGCUGCAGGGUAUGGGAAUCAGGUUGCAGGUGGCUAUGGAAGCCAGAUGGGAGUGCAGGGUGGGUAUCAGAACCCGCAGAUGGGGCAGGGCGGUGCUGGUAGGACUCAGCCUGGUGGCGGUGCACCUUACAUGGGGCACUAGGUAAGCCCUAAGGUUCCCGCCAGAUUGUGUUGUUUCUGAGAUCUGACAUGGAAGGGCCAAGAAAUAGCAAAAAUAUGGGGAAGUAACUUGUCAAGCCUUAUUGACAAUAUACGCCCAACAUGUCUGGAAAGAGGAAGCUGCUCCCUCAUGGGGCUAGAAUUUGUUGCUAGGUGGGUUGAUGGGGGCAGGCAAAGUAUCUAUUUCCCCAGAGCUAUGAAGCUGGUCUUGGGUGCUCCUGUCUGAACUUCACUGAGUGCCUGCCUGCCUGCCUGCCUUGAUCUGAAAAUUGGAGCCUUUGAUUGAUGCUGUCGUGUUGAUAUUCAGGCCUUUGUGCAUGUAACGUGAAAAUCCUGAAGGAUCAAUUGAUUUAAAGGAUGUCCAUGUAUCCUAUAGGUUGCUCUCCAAGCUCUUAUAGUUAUGGCAAUAUAUAUAUAACAAGAAAAUUUUAAAUGUUGAGAUGUUUUUCCAAUGGAGAAAAAAAGAAGAAGCAAAAUUCGUAAUUACAUUAAUCUGUUUGGAGAAAGAAAAUAAAACAAUGAAAAAAUGUAUAAACAAUGGGAUUUUUACUUGCUAG